AUGCGGCCGGCCCAUGCGCCGGCGACGGCGGCGCGCGGAGGCCUGGCGCUGUACGAGCUGUACAGGGCGGCGAGCCGCGCGGCGGCGCCGGCGGUGCUCCUGUGGCGGCGGCUGCGGGGGCUGGAGCACCCGUCGCGAUGGCCGGAGCGGCUGGGCCGGCCGUCGGCUGCGCGGCCUCGCCCAGGCUCGCCGCUCGUGUGGUUCCACGCCGUCUCCCUCGGCGAGGGUAUGGCAGCGCUCCCGGUCGUCCGUCACUGCGUCCGCCUCCACCCAGGCCUCCCUAUCCUCCUCACCACGACGACUCUCUCAGCCUUUGAAGUGAUAAAGGAUUUGCUCCCAGAUGCUGUCAUAUACCAGUUUGCACCUCUUGACUGUCCUGACGCGAUAGAAAGUUUCAUUGGAUACUGGAACCCAAGUUUGAUACUUCUCAUGGAAAGUGAACUGUGGCCAAACCUCAUUAUGUCUGCAGCAGAGAAAGGGAUUGCGGUGGUUCUUUUAAAUGCCCGUAUGUCAUUGAAGUCUUUCAACCGUUGGUCAGUGCGUCUAGGGUUGCCAUUAGUCUCUCUGAUGCUCUCUAAGCUAUCACUUGUCAUCCCAUUGAGUACUAUUCAGGCUGUUCGUUUUCAACUGCUGCAUACACCACCACACAAAAUCCAUUUCGCUGGCGAUUUAAAAUAUGCUGUUGGUGACGUUGAGACUGGGGAGAAAGAGCUCAAUACAAUCAAAGAUCUGCAACAGCAGUUCAAUGAUAGGCCCAUCUGGAUGGCAGCUUCCAUUCACAAAGGUGAAGAAGAAGUCAUCCUCCGUGUUCAUCAUGAGUUAAUCAAGAUGCACCCUUCCCUACUUCUAAUUCUCGUGCCAAGACAUCCUCGGGACAGCAAGGAUGUUUCUUUAACACUGAAGAAACAGAAGUUCAAUUUCGUGCUGAGGUCGACAAAGGAAGUGGUGUCUUCAAACACUAGGGUGUACGUGGUUGAUACUUUAGGGGAAUUAAGAAUGCUCUACAAAGUCACUCAAAUAGCAGUUGUUGGGGGCUCAUUUUUACCUAGCUUAGCUGGCCAUAAUUUUUCUGAGGCUGCUGCAGCUGGUUGUGCUGUUCUGACUGGUCCCCAUGUUGGACAUUUCUAUCAUAUGCUGGUUGAAUUGUGGCAAAUAAACCCCUUAGCUGUCAAGCAGUUGACAGGAGAAGUAGAACUUUUGGAAGCACUAAAAGAAAUGCUUGGAGAUUCCAAGGCUCUGGAAGCACGUCAAAAAGCUGCAAAAGAUUCAUAUUCCAUUAUGUCAGAUGGAGUUGUGAACCGUGUAUGGAAUUUAGUCUCCAUGUUUGCUGUUGACUCCCAGCAGAAACGUGGAAUAGUUGAUUAAGCCCCCCGUGCUGCAAGUCUCUAAGUCUGCACAACAUUUUCUUAUCCUGAUUAGCAGCAUUUGACACGUUGACAUCUGAUAAUGGAUUUAUUCAGCGACUGUUUGGAAUACAUGGAGACCCACUCAAACACAUUACUAUCUGC